AAAUUAUUGAAGGAAGAGUAGAAAGAGAUACUAUCACAUUAGAUUUUCUUAUAAAGAAUUAAAAAAAAUAAAAAAUGGAAGAACAUCAUCAUCUCAAUCCUUUGGCUGCAACUCAUCUUCUUCAACAUACCCUCAGAAGCUUCUGCAUUCAUCAAAACUCUCAAUGGGUCUAUGCUGUUUUUUGGAGGAUUCUCCCAAGAAAUUUUCCACCUCCCAUGUGGGAUAGUGAAAUAGAAGUGCAUGACAGGUCUAAAGGGAAUAGGAGAAAUUGGAUAUUGGCUUGGGAAGAUGGUUUCUGUAAUUUUGCAGCUUCAACGGCUGUGAUGAACUCCGGCGAGAGCUCCCCGCCGUCGAUAUACGGCGGCGAUCGUCGUCUUAAGCCGGAAGUCUUCUUCAAAAUGUCACAUGAAAUUCACAAUUAUGGUGAAGGUUUGAUUGGUAAAGUAGCUGCUAAUCAGAGCCACAAAUGGAUUUAUAAAGGCCAAAAUGAUGAGGAAAAGAAUUCAUGUGCAUGGCAUAACUUACUAGAUUCACACCCUAGGACUUGGGAAGCUCAGUUUCAGUCUGGUCUGGAGACUAUUGCCUUGAUUGCUGUUAGAGAAGGUGUUCUUCAGUUAGGAGCUGCUCACAAGAUAAACGAGGAGUUGAGCUAUGUUAUGCUAGUGAGAAAGAAGUUGAGCUACAUGGAAAAAAUCCCAGGAUUUCUACUGCCACAUCCAUCUUCAUCAAAUUUGAAGAAUAUCGAUGCAAUUAAUGGAUCAAAAUCAAAUGAAUUCCACAUAAAUAAUAAUGAUUCAUUUAUCUCAAAUGGAAUUUGUCACAUUAAUCAUUUCCCCAUGAAAAUAGCUCCAUCCAUGGCCAGCCUCGAAGCCCUCCUCUCAAAAUUGCCUUCGGUAAAGCCGCCGUCGGCACCGCCUUUUAGCGGAGGUGGGCCCGCGGAGGUGGAGGAGGAAAAGUGCGGCGGCGAUAGUGGAAUUGGCGGCUCCGCCGCGCCGCUCUUCUUGUCAUCGUGAAGCUUAAGUGUCUUAGUUCAUGACCUUUGAUUAUUUUUAAAUUAUUAGCUUUUAGUUUUUUUUUUAAUUAAUAAUGUAU